AUGCAGCUCCAGUUCACACUCAUCAUCUCCCUUGCUGCGUUAAGUCUUACGUCUGCGCUCAAUAUUCCAAUCGUUGGCGAGGUUGACGUAAAUAAGGACACCGAGCAGUAUAGGGCUUGUAAGGCCGCAAAUCCUGAUACAACGUUCGCCGCCAUCCGCUACGGAAGUGGACCCCCAGAAACUGUGGUCUACAACCAGUGUGUCCCGUGGAGGAAAAAUGGAGAGAUCAUCGCGAACGCGGUAUUUUGCCAGCCCGCAACGUGCUACGUGUUCUCAGACGAGAACUGCACAAGUGGGCCAACGACUCCGGUUCCUGUCGUAGUCCCCGUGCCCAUAGAUUUCCUCAACGCGGCAGAUUUUGUGGAGCUCCUUGGACAGAGCGCCUAUUGCUCUCCUAACACGAUUCCUCGAGUGCUCUGA